CAUCGGGUGCUUGGUCAGCCGAGACCUACUCGCGUGUAGUAGGUAGGUUCCAUACACACCGGUGACAGCACGGGCCUCGCGAAUUGUGCGAAAUUCUAAGAAAAACAGUGAAGUUUUGAUUGACACGUGGCACUGUUCUACAACGGAGGUGUACGAAAAGCUAGAGAGAAAAAGUAUGAAGCGUCGCGUUGCCUUGACGUGAACGCAGCGUGAAAAACUUAUCGUUAGCGAAUUCGGACUCGCAUAACUUCGCGGCCUACGCUCGAUUAACGAUAGUGCCUUAUUGAGUGGAAAGUACAACAGGAUAGACGUCAAACUGGGAGGAUAUCGAGAGGAUUCGAAAAAGAAGACAGACGCAGUCCAGUUGCAGCUGAGAUGCAGCCAAUCUCAUCGUUAGGACGCAAGCAGAUAUUUAGCAGGAUAAAGAGAAGAAUGUGUGUUCUAAAGUGAAAGUUUUUUUUCCUUCGUUGCGGAAAAUAUCGCAGAGAAAACUCGCUGGGACGAGAAACUUGAACGGAAAAACGAGAGUGCUGAGAACUGUGAUGAAAGGUCCGUUGAAGCUAAGAGCAUGUAAAGAAGACGUUAAAAAUAAAUAAAAAAAGUGUUAAGUGUUGAAAACGAAAUUAGACGAAUUUUCUAUUCAAGUCGAGGUCGAAGUCAAGAAACUGAAGAGUUUUACAACGAGUGAUCGACCUGUGUAGAAACCACAUCAGUAGAAAAUCUAUUCCGUAAUCAUUUUAUCUGCAUAGCAGCAGACACCAGCGGGGUCGAGGAAACGUGUUGUUAUUGUUUGUUUUUGUAAAAAUAUUUUUAAAUAUUACAAAGACUCUGGUGAAUCUACGAAAAAUCAGAGACUUUGGCAAGUAUUUUCAACGGACCGGAUACGAGAUUGGAUAUAAAUAGUGGGGCGACAUUAAUCAAGUUAAUUGACACUAUCGACUAUUUGUCAGUAUCUUGAGUGAAAGCUAACACUGGCGUUACAAAAACAAUAGCAGAUUCAUCAAUCUGCUAAAUCCGUCCGGUUGAGCUUCGCAAAGAAGCGAAGCCCAGCCAUCUUCCCUUCGGGAUAAUGCGUAGCCUGGAGAGGUUGUCAGGCAGCGAUCAGGAUUGUGCUGAUCAGGAAAUGUAUAUCGAUCUGGAUGACGCUUCCAUUGACUCGCUUACCGGAAAACGCAGUCGCCACCAUGUCGUCGGUCCUGAGGUGGGCGAGGAGAGCGACAGUAGCGGGAGCGAGAGGAGUCCCAAACAAGCGAAACGAAGAAACCGCAGUGGACCACCGACCACGCGGAGGCGAAAAAGCGGAAUUUCCGCGCGGGAGAGGAACCUCAGAAGACUGGAGAGCAACGAGCGCGAAAGAAUGAGAAUGCACUCGCUCAACGACGCGUUCGAGCAACUGCGGGAGGUGAUACCGCAUGUCAAAAUGGAGAGAAAACUCAGCAAAAUCGAAACGUUGACGCUCGCCAAGAAUUACAUAAUGGCAUUGACAAAUGUCAUUUGUGAGAUGCGCGGUGAGGAGCAGCCAUACACAUUCGUUGACGGUGAAUGCGGUUCGAGUAGUGGGGACAGCACGGGCCAAUUGGAAUUGAGCGGCGGCGAACAACCGGAAGAGGCUUCGCCGGCUUCGAUGCACGAGACGAAUAACAAUAGCUUACUGCACGAAGACCUCGAGCGCAGAUUAGCCUAAGUUAACGGGCACCUGCAGAGCACCCUGAUCUUCAAAGAGUUGCCGCAAUCGUCAGCGACCGAAAAAUGGAUAUCUACUGAUCGAUCUGCUAUUGGCAGCCGAGGGAAUCGAUUCGUCGAUCGUCGAUAAGUGAAACAGUGCCUAACAGAAGACACGACCGGAAGCGGAGCGUGCGAACAUUACACGAUCUUCGUUCGCGUAACGAAAUCGUUAAGGGUUAUUUUUUUGCUUUUUGGACGAUAUCCAUCGGAUUCCGCCCCUCUCUCUCUCCUUCUUUCAUUAAUUUUCGAUUCGAUUCGAAAAUCUUGCCGUAUCUGUUACAUAUCUUCUUCCUCGUGGUGUCCAUUUUCGUUAUUGCUAUUCGUAUCGUUUUGUCUUGCUUCUUCUGAUCAUUCCAUUAUUUGCGUAGUUGUUUUGAAAAGAAGCAGAGACAGCCUUUGGAAAGACGCAAAGAAGAGUAUGAGAAGGAGAGGAGAGGGGGAAUCAGUUUUCGGUCACCAUAAGGAGAUAAGAAAGAAAAAUAGAAAAAAAAAAUUGAAUUCGAGACUCGCCGUUCCAUUCGGUGGAUCCCACCGUCGAGAGCAAUAGUCGCCACAAGGCCCGUUUCGAUCAAGAGGUAGUGUUUCGGGGUGGAUACAAUUGGCGAUUACGCAAUAGCGAUCGAAACGUGGCGGCGAAAUGCUACGAUGGAAAGUCGCGAGUCCCGAUACGCUACUGUGAUAGAAUUUCGUAUUAGACGUCUUUUAUUUUGUUUGUUUGUGUCGUCAUCCACGUGCCGAUGGGAUAUCGAGCUUCCAACGUGACGUCGAGGCACGGCAAGGCUGACUAAUUAUCAGAAAGUAAUAACCAGAGAUAUAAAAUAGUUGACAAGUAUAAGAGGUAGAGAGAGGAAUUGAAGAGAACGAGGAAGAGGAAUACAGACGAAGAAGACUACUUGAUAGGCUUUACCGAGAGGUGCGAGGACCAGAAUAACGAACUAUCUUACAAUAAGUUACCAAAACGCGCGGGGAGUUACUUUGAGCGUCAAAAAAUCUGUCAAGUUACCAGUAGCAUCUUUACACGACAAUAUUAAAGGAUCGCCGAUGCGAGCUUUACGAGGAGGCCGUGAGAGUCGACGAACGAGGAAGAAGGAAAAGACAGAGGACCAGGAUUACAUUAAUUUUUCUUGCUUCACUUGUUAUCCACGCGUACCUCUCGCUUACUUCUGACGAGAGGUCUCUCUGCACUGCGCAUGCGCACGAGCUGGAGAAAGGAUGGGAAAGUAACGCGAAAAAAGAAGGUCAUCUGAUUUCUUCGUACGAAGAUAACUGUGCAACUACUCGAUUUGUGGUGAAGUGAAUCGGCAACGAGAGUGCAUCCGUUUUGUUGACAGGAGUCUCCGUAAAAGUGCGAAAGACAAUAGAAAAGACAAUUUUGCAAAAUUGCUCGCAUUUCGAAAAAGACUCGCGAACCGUUUAGGUGGCGCCGUUUUGUAAGUAACCGCGCGACGUGCACGAAGAAGCGUGAUCUUCCGAUAGCGAUAAAUGAUAAUAAAUUGAAAAUCGGUAACCGAUUAAAGAUGAUGAAAAAAACAAAAAAAAAAGUGAUGUAAUAUCGUCUGAGGAGAUAUGGUCGUGAUGGAAUCAGUGAUCGAUGUACCAAUAGCAUUCGCGAUUGUAAUCAGUAUCGCACCCGAGCGGGAAAUAUUAGCUUGAAUGCCGCUCUCCGCUGCUCGAACGCGAAUAAAUGGUCCAUAAGUUAUCUGUAGUGUGUACUCUGGCGAAACUAUGUAAGGACAGAUUUAUACGUGUGCAAUGCCUACUCGCCAGCCCAACAUAACUAUUAAGCUCAACUAGAAAACGAAUGUACAGUGGAACUUCGAUAAUUCGAAUUUCAAGGGAAAUUAAAUAUGCUUCGAGUUAUCGUGGUUUCGUUCAAACGGGGUUUUCAAGUUAUAGAAGCGAAGGAUUAAAAAAUUCGAAGAUUCGUAGUCUUAUAGAGGUUUUUGAAUUAUAGAAACUGGCGUUAUCGAAGUCCCACUGUAUCUUAUUUUAUACGCUUUAUCUCGAGGAUAAAUGUUGUGCGCUCCACGAGUUCUUCGGGUUUCAUUUUUCUCAUAUUCGUUACACACGUAGAAUACACGUAUAUGCCUUUUUCGCAAUUUCGCGCAUUCCAAUUGUUGAUUUAAAGUAUUAGCAUGAAUCCCGCGAGAGGUCGACAAUAAUAUUCCUCAGAGUCGCGAUGACGAUGAUAUUUUCGCGGAGCGAUUCGUCAUUCGAUUACAGCUACACUGGUCCAACUCGAGCGAAGACUUUGGAAGAAAGAAAGAAAGAAAAGAAAAAAAGAUUCGACAUCUUGUUGAGAAUUUACUAAGAUUUCUUACGAAUUUUAAUACGACGCAAAGCUCGACUACGUGGCGCGUCGUGUCCAAAAGCAUCACCCUAUAUAUGCAUCCAUAUAUACGAACAUCUUCCUUUCUCCCUUCUCUUAUCUAUUCGUCCAUUGAUUCUUAUCCUUGUUAUUGUUGUUAUUUGCCUCAUGAAGAAUUUUAUUCGAAAAACGUUGCGCCUUGCGUCGACGUCGACGCUCGCGAGCGUAAUAGUUACAUUGACGACGCGGUGUGGAUAGUAAUAUUUUUGUAAGGUUCACCGAAAACGGUUGUGAUUUUAGUCAGUCAGUCAGUCACUCACUCAGUCAGUCAAUGAGUCAGUCAGCGAGUCAGUCAGCCAAUUUCUGCUACGUCCACGCUGGUAUAUGUAGGUAUAAUUAAUGAUUGUACUCUCCGUUCUGUUGAUUAUCGGUCUGCCUCAAAGCUCCGGAGACAUUUAUGCGUAUAGAGUCGGUAGAAUUAACUUGAACAUCUACUGAACAGUCGGAUACAUCGAUUUUACAAAUUAUUUUCUAAAACUGUGUUCCGCGCUUAAAAAUGAUCGACAAAUACAGAACUGUCUGCCUACCUAGUUUUCUCGUAUUCAUUUUAUUUGCUCGGCGCGCUUAACGAAGAACCAAAUUGUAUUACCUUGCACAUAUUCCAAUCGAUUUUAUAAUUUUCUUACGUUUCAUCUUCUUUGUCUUCCAUCAUUUUAAUUAAAAAGAGAGCAUAUAUUA